GCAGCCUCCCAUUCAUACCAAUCACACCGAAGUGCAGCUGAGCUUCGAACCCAGAACCUUUGCAGCCCUGACCGCAGGAAGAGUCACUGUCAUAUCUUAGAGCUGUUUUUGUAAUCUCAUUUUUUUGGAAAUCAUCCAAAUCUUAAAACACUAUCCCGGUAGGCCACAAAGAAUCUGAGUUGUUGAUACUCUUUAUUGCAGGAAGAAGAUAGAAAGACAGGUUUGUGUGCGGCCGGAAGGGUUGGUAGAUCGUUCGCCACCAAACACUUCCUGCUUUAUUUUCCGCGCUUGACUAGGAACGGAUUUUUGACUUUUUCGUUUUCGUGAAAACAUCAGACGAAGGCUCAGGAUACCACAAAAUGUCUGCAGACAACGAGCUGACUGCGAAGCUCCAGAGGAGGCUCAACAUCAACGAGGGAGACGAGGAGCCCUCCCCCCACUCUAACGUCUUCAACCCGUACACCGAGUUCAAGGAGUUCUCAAGGAAGCAGAUCAAGGACUACGAAAAGAUGUUUAAGACGUAUGAUGUAGACAAGAACAAUUUGAUUGACCUUCCUGAGCUGAAGCUGAUGAUGGAGAAGCUGGGGGCUCCUCAGACCCACCUGGGCCUCAAGAACAUGAUCAAGGAAGUGGACGAGGACAAUGAUGGUGCCAUCAGUCUGAGAGAGUUUCUCCUGAUCUUCAGAAAGGCAGCGGCAGGAGAGCUUCACGAGGACAGCGGGCUGGGGCAGCUGGCAGAGCUGGCGGAGAUAGACGUCGACAAGGAGGGAGUCAAGGGUGCCAGGGACUUCUUCUCUGCAAAGAUUGAGGAACAGUCGAAGGGUGCAAAGUUCGAGGCAGAGAUCAAGGCCGAGCUGGAGGAGAAGAAGCGAGAGGCGGAGGAGCGGAAGAUCAGGAGGCAGGCUUUCAAGGAGAAGCAGGCUGCAUUCAUGAGUGCCUAGAUAAACUAACCCCCUAACUAGCCUGGGAGCCAGACUGAUUACGAUGGAGUAUUUUUACAUGAUUAGAGCAGCAUUUCUUAAUGUGGUCUUCAGGAAAAGGUGCCCUCUGUACUAUCUGUGUUCAUUGUUUGGUCCUUCGUCUUGUUUGAAGGAGUCCAACCUUGGACCAUGGAUAGUACUGAGAGGGGAUGUUUGUAUUCAGUAUGGUUAUGUGUAAUACAGUACAUGUACUUUCAUGUGGACGAGUCCCGAACAAGUACUGCUGUUGUUCAACUGUUUGGUACAAAAAUCAGUCAGUCAUUUCUGAAUCAAUAUUAUCAAGACUAUUCUGAUGACAAACAUUCCUAAGUCCUCACCAUGUCCUUCCUCAAAUUCCACCUUAUACAUGCAGGUGAUACACUCUGUACGCGAAUGCCUGGAAACAGGCAGUGGCUAUGGAAACUGCUUCUGGAUUGUUCUAGCUCCCAGGCUUGUUCCGAGACAUGCUAAAUACUACUGCACAUAUCAGCUGCUUCCAGUCCCAGAGAUGGUGCUGAGCUUUCAACACACUUCCAUCCUGCCUUCUGACAAUCAGUAAACAUGUGAUAUACUAUAGUAUUACUCCCUACUCUAGUUGGAAACAACACUGUACAGAUUCUACAUGGUGAUAAGCAUGAUCAUAAUGAUUGUACAACUGCAAGCUACUUGUUGGGCCAGGACUCCUGUAUGUUGCUGUCCCAGCAGUUUGAGAUCCUGUGCCUCCUGUACUGCAGCAAAGUCUUUCAUGUCUGGCCUUUCCCCCCAGGGUUCCCAUUUCUGUCAUAGUAAAUAAUAAAAGCUUCUAAGCUAAUUCAAUCAUAUUGCCUUACAAUGAUGCAAUUGCUGAGAACACACUAAUAAGUAAGAACAAUCUAUGGUCUCUUUGAACAUACAUGUAAUAUGUACUACAUGUAACUAGGUGAAACAUUUGAUAUGUGUAGACUCCAAGAUCAGGACUGUCUCCAGCAUUGUUUAGGAACCCACAUUGUUGAUUUUUACACCUUUUGUUUAAUGCUUACAAAACACAUUUCAGCAAUUUCUUGUCAAUGGAAGUUCAAAUUUUUUGGGCGAACUGGGAAAAAGUAUAUUCUCGUCCCAGGACAGAGAAAUGGGCCCUGCAGACAGUCCUGCUCUAGAUAAGAUAAGAUAUAGUAUUAGGUACAUUUCACAAUCAUUGCUAACUGCCUUAACACUAGGGGUGCUAACUUAUACGUCACCCUGUUCUUCCAGAGGAGUUACCCUUGUGGUGAAGAUUUAGAAAUGAGAGAAGAGUUGUACAAUUUAUUUUUGAUGAAACAGGAGUGGUGUAUUGUUAAUCCAGUGUGGGUGAUCCCCAAAGUGGAGGGUAUAGAGAAAGAUCUUAGAUGAUUAACACAUUGGAAACUACUAGAUAGGCUAGAGUAGUGGUGCUUUAUGGCUAGAAUGGUGGAGAGUUAGGCUAAAUAGCAUGCAUGUACCAGCUUCUGAAGCAUUUCUACAUGUACAUGUAGGUAUUAAAAAAAGGUGGGGAGUGUCAACUAGAUAAUGAUGCAUAUUAUCAUAUAAUUAUAUAUGUGUUUUAACUUUGAUCUGUUUAAUAUGGAUGCAUUUCCAGAUUUGCUAAUCAUUCCGUUGUUUGAUCAACUGCGGGAAUUUUGCAUUGGUGUUAUGAGAAUUAUGUAAUAUCAGCUAAUACGUUGAAAAACCAGACUUGAUAUUUAGAUGGUUGAGAAUCUCCACCAUAGAUUGUUUAGAAAAGUAGAUGCACUAGAACAUUAAGUUGUGUUUGGUGCGGACCUCUUUUUACCAUUCCACACUUUUGGCUUACUAUUAUUGUUAAUCAUCACAAUCAGGAUACAUUCAUUAACUUGUUCUUUUCUUCAUUUUAGAAGUAAGGUUGUGUUGAUAUCUGAUGUCAUUUGCUCAUUCCAGACAAAAUUGCAAGAGGGCUAUAAUGUUUUACAGUUGCACUGGGCUAAGAUAUGAUUCAGAAAUUUAUUUCUUUGGUUUACAACAAUUAGUUUUUGUAUGUAUUCAAUUUAAUCAGAAUGUUGUGUUGUCAUCAAUGCUUCAGGAUUAUGUUAUGCUUUUGGAUGAGUUAACUGUCAUUCUCUUCAGAUUCAUGCCACAGCUAACAGCUUGCACUAUUGUGACCUACCUUGAGUUCUGCCAUGCAGAACUCAUGUUGAAUGAAAAAUGGUUGGCUUGUGUAUGUUGCCUUUUGCAAAUUGCAUCCAAAUGUAUGGCUUGGAAAAGCUGCAUAUUUGUAUGCUAUAUAAAGUUGAUAAAAAAAUAUGUUGCAAAGCAAGGUCCAAAGGCGAAUGGAGAGUUGGGUGAAAGGUUUGAUGCCCACUUCAGUGUACACAGCAUGUUCACCGACUUCUUAGCAUUCUCAUACUUUUUGUAAAAGAGAUUGGACAGACAAUCAACUGCUAUAUUGACUAAUUCCAGUUUUGCCUUUGAAAUGCUACAGUAGAUUCCACAUUCCAUUCUAAGUGCCUCUUCCUUUCAUAGGUUUGAGAUAUGCUGUAACAUUUGACAUCAGUUGACCUGUUUUAACCAUCCCCCUGUCAACUUUCUUGUGUCAUCAAUCUGACUUUACUAUCUAGAAAAACUAUAGCACUAAAACUAUGACUAUGGGCUUAAGCCAGCUGCUAUUUCCUGGAAAUGCUCCAAAAUGUCAAUACCUUGACCAUUUACAAACUGGUCAUGCUAGUCUAAAAGGCAACACAGCAAAACUGCCCUACUCUUUCCAUAGACUAUUUUUGAAGCAAUGGUAUUCAAAUCUGCAACUUAUUUUGGAGAAAAAAGUCCAUUGAUAUAAUUGUGAUGAAAAUCCAAGUUGCAGAGUAAGUAGCACUAAUGUCAUGCCAGAAACUAUCAUGAAAAUCCGUCUCUUGAAGCUUCAGGAAGAUCACUUUGUGACAGACAUCUAAUUAUAUGUUUUGUAACAAGUGAUGAAGCAAAGAUAUCCUUAGAUUUCAAGUUCUCACUGCAGACAAGUUCAACUGCGCUUUCCCUGAACUGUGCCUUCUGCUCUAUACACUAUGCUAAUAUUCAAGAUGUCUUAUAAAGCAUAGGACACUGCACUUGUAUAUGUUGUGUUUGUGAUCUAUACAUGCAACUAGGAUGUAACUUUCUUACUUAUCUGUGUCUUACUUAUCCGUGCUAUUGCUAACGUUCAUUUAUAUGACAUUUGUUGAUGUUGGUUGCAAGAUUUGCUGGCCAAUAAACUUUGCUGUUGGUUUAUACAGACUAUUGCA